ACGAGCACCACAAUGCGUGUUCCCAUCAGAUCCUCCUUGAGGAGUCGCGAUUCCUCCUCGACGUCCACCGACGUGGACCCCAGAGAACGUAUAAAGGACUGUUGUCGGAAGUUGGUCGCCUUCAUGUGCACCCAGGUGGGUGUUGGCGGCCUCGUGGUGAGCUACGCGAUAAUAGGCGCGUUUGGGUUCAUGGUGAUAGAGACCCAAGCCCCCAUAUCACCCACUGUCUGCAUCAGAGAGGCCAUCAGGAGGCAAUACGCGGAUGAACUAUGGUUCAGCACCGCUAGUAAUCAAACUGUGAACGUGUUCAACAAGACGACGUUCCACGUGCUGUCGAACCGGAUCCUAAGACGCUACCAGGACAACUUCAUCAGCAAUUACAAGAAGGAGAACUGCAGUGGUUUAACUGCGACUGAUCUCUGGUCCUUUCCAGCAGCGAUGAUGUUCUGUCUCUCUGUGUUCACUAUGAUUGGGUACGGUACUCUGGUGCCCCAGACACCAUGGGGAAAGGGUGUCACUGUUAUCUAUGCAGUCAUGGGAAUUCCUCUGUACGUAUUAUACUUUCUCAACAUGGGCAAAGUCUUGGCGCAGACCUUUCGCUGGCUGUACACAUGGUUGCAUGAGUGCACCGGGAGGAAGAAGCUUGGACAGAGGAUCACUGUGCCUUCCACAGCCUGUCUUUGGGUCAUUUUUGGAUACGUCAUAGGUGGGUCGAUUAUGUUCGCUGAGUGGGAAGGAUGGGAUUAUUUGGAUAGUACUUAUUUUUGUGUGACGUCACUGUGUAAGAUUGGAAUGGGGGAUCUUGUGCCUGGGUGGACGCAUGGAGAUUUAACUACUGACAGCCAGACGAAGUUGAUCAUUAAUUUUGUUUAUCUGCUCCUUGGCAUGGGGCUCAUCGCUAUGUGCUAUGAUCUGAUGAAGGAAGAUGUGUAUGUGAAAGCUAGGGAACUUAAGGAACAGUUCGUUCAGGUCGUGGAUAUUGUUCAUUAUCAGAUAGAAACGUGUUGUGGAUCGAAGAUACCAGACUAAAGGAAGUAAUUGAUACUCAGAUUCUUUAUUAUAAUUUAUUUAUAAUCUAUUUUCAUUAAUUUCUUAUGGUUUCUUAAAUUUAAGGGAUGGACAUACUGCAAAGGCAAUAAAGUUCUGGUGUUUUCUGUUUAUUUAGAUUUGGAUAAAAGUUAAACUGUAGAUUAAAAUAUAUCUCAAUCGAUAUUAAAAUCAUUUUUGUUUAUUUGGAUAUAUUUAAAUUUGAGUUUGUUUAACUACUAUUGAAAAGUGACUGUUAAAUUAAGUAUUAAAUUAACUGUUUAAAAAUGGGAUGUAUCAUUUUAGUACUGAUGUACGUUUCAGGGGAGUAUAUUGUUAAAUGUUGUUAAAGAAAACAAAUAAUUAUCAUGUGUAAUUGAAUUUUUAAGGUACGACUGUUGAGUAUUGAAGAAAUCUAUCUUCUACUUUUCAACAUAUGUAUUCAUAAGUACCGCAUGGAGAGAAGUACAUCAGUGUUGCCAGCUACGUUAACAUUACAGUUUCACCAACUUAAACUCCAAACAAAACUAUAAUAAUUUAAUUGUAAUCCAAAAUACUAAUUUACUUUCUGUAAAUUGUAACUCUACUAUACUGUUCAAAAGUAACUGUUAAAUUAAGUAUUAAAUUAACUGUUUAAAAAUGGGAUGUAUCAAUUUUAGUACUGAUGUACGUUUCAGGGGGUAUAUUGUUAAAUGUUCUUAAAGAAAACCACUCCUAGGUGGGGUCAAGUAUAUUGUUUUUUACCGAGACACAUCGAUACAUUACCACAAUGUGGUAAAUAGAAUGUAAAAUGGCGCCAUCUAGAAAGAAACUAUCGAUGUCAAACCCCGAAAACUAAUUCCAGCUAUCCACCACUAGAUGGCUACUCAUUCCAGCGAAAACACCGGGAACCCACAAGACAAACUACGAUAAUUUAAAAAAGGAUAGUUGACCAUAAAACGCAAACCAUUCCAAUUACAAUUCAACUGCAUAUAUUAAAAAAUAUUUAAUAUAUUAUGUUCAAUAUUAAAUAUCCUAUAUUAAAGUACUGCUUCACUUCGGUUCAAUCAGAGUUAUAUUAUUUAGUAUUCACAUUUUUUUUUUUUUUUUGUACAAAAACAAAUGAUUUCCUUCCACGACGAGUAAAACAGAUUAAUCAAAAAUACUUAAUAUCUUAUUAUUUGUUAUUUGCACA